AACAUUUCUACUGUAUAUUUGUUGUCAUCGAGACAUUUUUGAACGUAGCUCUGCUGUUUCUACUCAGAUGGUGUUUCCUGUGCACAGACAACCUUGGAUUUAUUCCGAACUGUUUUGGUAGCAUAAUUUCAUUUACCGGCUCAUCUGUUAACCCCUAACAAAACUAUUGAUGUACCCGGCACCCUGGUUUUAACGGCAGACAGAAGACUCCAGAUCACAAAUGUCACUGCAGAAAAUCUCACGUAUCCCUGCCUCCAGCCUGCUGUGCACCGUCCAUGACAUCCGCUGGCUCCUACGCUCUGUCACGCCCCUUGCUGUGCCCAACAGAGCUCUGGUCCAGAGUGAGUACCGUCGGCCCGGCCAACCCAGAGAGGACAAGCCUCCAUGGCAGAAGAUAAAGUUUGACCUCUCUAAGGGUCUGGAGGGCGUAAAGAAGCACUUCAAGCUGCUGAGACAGGAGUUUGCUGACCGCUUGGUCGGUCCGGAGGGUAAACCCAUCAUCGAGCACAUGCUGGAGCAGAACAGGGUGAUAUGGGAGUUCAGAGGCCCUGAGAGCCUUCAGAAUUGGACAGUUUCUUCUGACAGGGAGAUUGGAGGCCAAAGUGAAAUUUAUCUAAAGCAUGGAAGAAACAACGACACCUGCUUUCUGUACGGGACCCUUUGUUCUGCACCUCCUAGAGAUGGAGAAACGCGCUACAGUGGAUAUUGCACCAUGCGCUCCAAGCAACCUCUGGUUUCAUUUGAUCGGAAAACGCACCAUGACUGGUCCAGUUUCAACACCCUCCAUAUGCGGAUUCGGGGUGAUGGCCGCCCAUGGAUGGUCAACAUUGCGGCAGAAACCUACUUCUCUCAUCAGAAAGACGACAUCUACAGCUACUUCCUGUACACCAGAGGAGGGCCAUACUGGCAAGAUGUAAAGAUCCCGUUCUCAAAGUUCUUCCUUACUCAUCGAGGGAGAAUACAGGAUGACCAGCAUCCUCUUUGGCUCGAUAAGAUUAAUACCAUUGGCUUUACUCUUGGAGACAAGGCAGACGGUCCCUUCCAGCUAGAAAUCGAUUUUAUCGGCGUGUGCAAAGACUAUGCACACACAGAGGACUUUGCAUAUGAGGUGUACAAGAGAAACCCGGAAGUUUGAGAACACAACUGAUUUUUUUUUUAACCUCUUUUGAUUUUAUUUUUCUGUAAUAUAAGUAGUUAAAUAAAUCUAUACAUCAGUUCGGGAAAGUGUCGCUUUGUCUCAAUUAAUAAAUGGAUUUUGGAGAAAAAA